CAAAGGAAUUGUCUGUAGACCUCCGAGACAGGAUUGUAUCGAGGCACAGAUCUGGGAUAGACAGGUGGACUCAAAUCAAGUUGUAGAAACAUUUCAAGGAAGGUCAGAGGAAACAGGAAGCACCUGAACUCAAUUUUGAGUUACAAAGCAAAGGUCCAAAGAGCUGCAGAUAAAGCGUCAGUUCCAGGACACCUGUAAGAUCCAGACCCGUCAGUACAAGGCUCUGAGGAACCACCUGCUUGAGAACACUCCCAAGUCGGACCACAAAGCUGUGCUGAAGCGUCUGAAGGAUGAGCAGACUCGUAAGCUGGCCAUCCUGGCCGAGCAGUAUGACCACUCCAUCAAUGACAUGCUGUCCACUCAGGCUCUGCGAUUGGAUGAGACCCAGGAGGCAGAGUACAAGGUGCUCCGUAUGCAGCUGCAGCAGGAGCUCGAGCUUCUCAAUGCAUACCAGAGCAAGAUCAAAAUCCACACCGACACUCAGCACGACAGGGAGGUCAAGGACCUGGAGCAGAGGGUGUCCAUCCGCCGUGCACUGCUGGAGCAGAGGAUUGAGGAGGAGAUGCUGUCCCUGCAGAAUGAGCGCUCAGAACGUAUCCGCACUCUCCUGGAGCGACAGGCCAGUGAGAUUGAAUCGUUCGACUCGGAGAGUUUGCGUCUUGGCUUCAGUAACAUGGCUCUGUCAGGCAUUCCCAGUGAGGCCUACCCCAUGCAGGGCUACUCCAAUGCCCCGCCUCCCGGCUCCCGCUCUGCUGGCCACUGGAGUCACGGCCUGCACCCGCAGAAUGUUCCCCCUCAGCAGCAUUCCCGCCGUAGCCACAACAGCAGCAGCAGCAGCGGCAUCAGCAGCGGCAGUGGAGCCAGUGACCGCCGAAGCGAGUCCUCCUCGUCUCACGCCCUGGGCCUCGCCCUGGGCCUUGGCCGAGAUAGCAGGGAUAUGCACCAUUCGUCCCGCUCCUCUGCCUCCUCUUCCUCAUCCUCCUCCUCCUCUUCCUCCCACCAUCAACGCCACCACCUGCCCCAGCACUACCACCACCAGAGCACACCGCAGCUGUACCGCGAGAGGGAGCGGGAUCGAGACCGUGAGCGGGAGCGGGAGAAGGAGAGGGAGCGGGAGUGGGCUGGAGUGAGAGGCUCCGGUGGUGACUUGGCCCACCCACACCCAAUGCCCUUCUCACAUCACCUGCCCUCGCGCUCCUCCUCCCAGUCCCUGGCGAUGCUACCUCCCCCGCCACCUGCUCCUCCCUCCAUCUCUGGACCGUCCUCCUCAUCCUCUUCCUCCUCAUCUUCACAGGGGGGAAUCUACGGUGGCGGACUGGGCGUGCGAGGUGCCCCCAGCUUGAUGGCCCUGAGGAACAGCCCCCAGCCUCUUAGGAGAACGGCGUCCGGCGGCGGGCCCGGAGGAGCUGGGGGCAGUGAUGGGGUCUUGAGCAGAAGCACCUCAGUCACUUCACACAUCUCAAACGGCUCCCACCUCUCCUACUCGUAGAUGGCAGGAGGAGACGAGUAGGGAGGUGUGGAAGUGAUAUAGGAAGGUAGCUAUCACAGGCUGCACCUCAAUACUCUCAGCUUGACACCUCGCCUUGUGCCCUUUUAUCGGGCUGAUCUGGACUUUUAGGUUAGCUUAAUGCAGAGGAGUAUGGGACAUCACCCGAUCUGCCAAGUGCACAAAAGACGAAAGAGGACAACUGACAGUGCUGAGCUGCACCCUGCUUCUUCAGACUCAGGGUGGGUUGAGAGGUUCUCUCCCAUUCUCACAGGUGUACACAAAAGGAGGGAGGAAUGUAACCACCUGUGAAACCAAUGGAUUUAGGUGACAUUAGAUUUAAAAAAAGACGUUUGUGUUCAGUGUUUUUAUCUUUGUUACCGCCUGUAAAAAAGUGAGACGAGGUGUGAGAGGAGCAGCCUUUUUUUUUCCCCUCCCAGAGCUGCAGACGGAGAGAUCAGGGCGGCAGCCAUGUCUUCUUCUAUGAUGUUCUACACUGGAAUGGAGAAAGAUGGAGGACAGGGUGGAGGAAAAAAAGGAAGACAACCUGUUUGUUUUUCUUCUUUUGUUUUUUUGCAUUGUUCUUUUAUGUAGUGUUCAGAAUAUAUCUGGGAGCACUUAUAAGUUCUCCAGAGAGGGAAAAGGUGUGCAUCAAAAAAACCAUGGCUCUCUCCAGCUCCUGCUGACACUUUUUAUUGAUUGACAGUUGUUGUUGUUGUUUUUUUUUUGUAUCAAGUGUAUAAAAACCCACAAAAACAAAUUGCUUGGAACAUCACCAAUGCCUUUAAGGGGUUCUUAAAGGGAUGUCCUGCCGUCAAAGUUUUUAUUUGAUGACUGCAAGAUGACUUAAAAAACGAAAAAUACACCGAAUGUUUGUAAAGGCGAGAGACUGGUUUAAAAAUGCAGCUGGGAUGAGGAGAAACGCUUUGUGGACAUGUACAAAUACAAAAAAAAGAAGCUAUCCAGCAUCCAUGACAUAUUGAGUAUCUAAACAAACAGAGGUGUCUACAGGAGUCACUCCAAUGCAUGAGAUAGAUGUAUGAAAAAAAGAACAUUUGUAAACAUGAUCAAACACAUUUGAAAUGUACCGUACCUGUCCAAGUUUCACUGGCAUUCAAAGAUCACUCGUCCCACAUUUUUUGAUCUCUUACUGUACAUAUUUAUGAGAAUAUGAAAAACAAAGAACGAGUCAUUGGUUUUAUAGAGCAAUGAAGAUAAUGAUAGUAAUUUUGAUAUACUCAAAUAAGUAUCGAAUUCAAGAUUUAGAAGUGACAAACUCCAACUGCAUUUUCUAUAGGUGUCAAUAUUACCAUAACUAAUCCUGAUGUUGUUGUUGUUGUAAUCAUGUUCACAAAGGGCCCACUUUUGACUGUAAAAAAAUAGACGCUAAAAAACUGUUGCAUUGUCAGGUAUGGUGUGUGUUCAAGGUAUUAAUGAUUAUUAAUAAGGAUUUUUUUUAUUAAUAAUUGUUAAUGAUUUAUGUACGUAUGUGUCGAGCAGUAAAGUCUGGUUAUAUUGCCACAUCUUUUUAAAGACAAAAAAAGUGAAUUUUAAAGGACACCCCACGUGGACUCUGACCUCCUUCUCUGGACUUUCAUAGAGAAAAAAAUGAUGAUUUUACAAUUGGGCGCUGGAAUGUAAAUGCUGGUUUUCCUUUUUUUUUUUUUUUUGGUCUUUUUUUCAGUUUGGGAGUUUACCUCUGAAAGCAGUACCUCUCACAGGAAUCAUAGGUGAAUACGAGAGAUGUGCACAAUCUUUGUAGAAAGUCUGAGCAUGCAAACAGUGUAAACAAGCUGGAAGUACGUGAAGAAGAAAGAAGCGAGGGAACAAGCAUUGACUGAGCUGCUGCGAACAUGCAGCAGCAGUGACAGCAGCUGCCUGUCCUCACAGAUAAAGACACCAAUCAGUGUUUUCCUGGUGCACAUGAGGCUCCUGAAGGCUCUUUUUCUCCCUAUUUGGGUCAUUUACUUGAAGGGAAUCAGAAAUUACUGGAUUUUUUUUAUUAUUAUUUUACUUGAAGAAAAAAAAAAACUACAAAAAAAGAAUCACCCUGCUGUUUGUAUGACUCAGAAACACCAGCUCAAGACAAUUCCCUGUAUAACCUACUACUUUAUGCUUGGUUGGAAUCUCAGUGCAUGCAUGAAACUCCUUAUAUAAACUAAGACUGGCGGGUUCGGGAAGGGCCUUUGUGUUGGGGAAGUCAGUGUGGUAGUGUAUUUAGACGGGCUGUUGUCUGUGUCCGAGCAGUUGGUCUCCCCUCCUGCCCGGUUUUAUCAUGAAGACGAAGAAGCGACG